UCAUCGACUUUAUUUAUGUGUUAAAAUUAUAAAUUUAUACAUCCAAUUAUUUAUUUUCUCCUUGUCAUCGUCCAUCUCUUACCUCUUCCAGAGACAAGACUGUUGUUGUCCUUGUCACCAUCUUUGUCUGUAAAAUAAAUCUUAAUUAACCCUCCACAAUCAUCAUUAUCAUCGAAUUUUUAUAAUCAAUGGACAAGAUUUACAAAUUUCAAACAAUUAUCAUCUGGGUAUUCAUUAUUUCUUCAAUUCAAGUCCUUGCUAAGAAGUCCCCUCGCCCUAUUUCUGAUACUGAAGUUAGACAAAAGAAGCAAACUUGUUACUCGGAAAUUGAAUUUGGAUACUGGGGGGCACAAUGCAAGACUUCCAUGGUUGCAAAGGAGAACUGUGCCUUAAAAUGCUUGUCACCGGCUUGUUAUGAGCUUAUUUACGAGAGUGAUCCGCUGGAAGAAGGGGAGAAAGAUUACACGAGGAGCCAGGAGUACAAGUACUGUAUGCACAGAUUGUCUUUGGGAGAGAGCUUGGAUGGUGUUAGAGGUGCUUUCGAGUAAACAAUAGGAGCGUUUCUCAGCCAGAUUGUUGUUUGAUGAGGACUAGAAAUCUCACGUGUAGGCAAGUAACCGAGAAGUUGAAAACUUUUAAACCCAGAUUGUGUUUUGAAGUAUUAUUGGGAAGGUUUACAUUAAAGAUAGUUUGGAAAAUGUAAUCUUUAUGUUUAAACAAUUUGUUUUUGUAAAGCUGUAUUUGAGAAAGGUGUCUGAUUUCUGGAAAUGACUAUGCACAUUUGUUCUCUUGUAACAGCUGAUCCAGCAGUUGUACUGAUUGAGUUACUAUGUAAGUGGUAGCAAAAGGGCAUAUGUAUGAAGGAAAUAACAAGUUAUCUUUUCGCAA